AUGCCUGGCCAACCUAGUUCAGGAGAUGUUAAGAAUAAUGACAAUAGCUACGAUCUCUUAUUUCCAACUUUGCCAGUUUCGAAGACAUCGGACACAAUCGGGACUGUACCAUUUAAAAAACGGAGUAAAGUUAAAUCUUCAACGGUGAACGAAAUAAUUAAAAUUCCUGCCCAAGAUAAAAAUUGGGACAGUAAUAGUCAAUUAGAGCAAAAUAAACGUAAGAAAGUAUAUAUAAAAAUUGGGAAAGAGUAUAAUGUAGGAAUGGAGAUUUUUAUUUCAAAAACUAUGGACCUGACUUUACUAAUCAGUGGCAACAGAGUUAAUGUUGAACGAGCUAAACAAAAGAUUAUCGCAUGUGACCAGACUCAAUCUAAAACUACUACUACACAGUUUCCAAAAGAACAUCGAAAUAAGUUAUUGGGCAAACAAGGACUUAAUCUUAAAAGUAUCGAAAAACGUACAGGAGCACGUAUUCAAAUACCGUGUAUGAAAAAUUCGUCUGACAUAAUUUAUAUAACUGGCACAAAGGAUUCCACGAAAAAAGUAGUUCAAGAAUUGGAGGAAAUUAUAUUUAAGUUGAAAAGUAAAAUUGAAAAAGAAAUACCAAUUGAUCAACGUCAUCACGGAGCGAUAAUUGGAGUUAAGGGUGAAAAAAUUCGAGAACUUCAGAAAAUAUUUAAUGUUCAAAUUAUAUACCCCAGUCCAGUCGAGGCUAGAAAUAAUUUAGUUAAAAUACGAGGUUUGAACGAUGAUGUAAAUAAAGCAUUUAAAUCAUUAGCUGAAUUGGCCGAAGUAUUGGAUGAAACCAACUAUGUGUUGGAUAUUCCUAUUUUUAAACAAUUUCACAAACUUAGUGCUGGAAAGAGAGCAGUAUUUAUUAAAAAGAUUAGAGAAGAGACUGAUACGAGAAUUUUUUUACCACGUAAAGGAUUCAAUAGUGAUGUUAUUAAAGUCAUGGGAAAUAAAAGAAAAGUUUUAAUCGCUUAUGAUAUGAUUAAAGAAAUAUAAAAUGAAAUAGGAGACAUAAUAACAAAGGAAAUGGUAUUGGGAAAUGUUAAAGUUAGAAAUGCAAUUGUAAAUCUUGGGAAUAAAUUCAUUCAAU